UCAGUUUUAAUUUUUUUAAUUAAAAAAAUAAUGGUCCAAUCUGAAAGUGUCAAAAAGAAAGAAGAUGUUGUUUUUGGCAAGGGAGAUUUUGUUCUUUACAAAAAUAAUUCUAGCGAGAAAAGACAAGGACAUCAGGGAAAAACAUUUAUGAGAAAGAAAGUGGCUGAAGCAAAAGGUCAAGAGCCUGCUACAAUUUGUAUUGGCAAUAAUAAUAACAACAACAGUCAAAGAAAGCGUGUCGGAUCACAAUUGAGCACAACUAGUGGCAUUGAUGGAGGUAAAUAA